GAGUGGGGAACCUAACACCAUCAUCAAGCGCGAAACAAUGGGGAGAAAUAACCAGAGAUGCUCGCUCUCUUCCUCUCCUCUUCUUCAUAUCCAGCUCUCUCUUCCCUCUCUAGAUCCGUGACUCUAAGCUUAGCCAGAAGAAGAACACUCUCUGCUCUCACAAUGUCGAUGAACCUUAGGACCCACGCGUUCGCAGGCAAUCCCUUGAAGUCCAAAACUCCGAAAUCAACCGAUCCUUUUUCACCCACCUCUGCUUACGAAUCCCUCAAAACCCUGAUUCCAGGAAUCCCUAAUCAACCCACAGUUUCUCCUGAUUUUAAAGUCCUUCCCUUUAGCAAGGGUCGCCCAUUGGUGUUCUCGAGCGGUGGAGACGCUAGUACCACGCCUAUAUGGCAUCUGGGAUGGAUCAGCUUGGCCGAUUGUAAGGUUUUGUUGGCGAGUUGUGGGGUUGAUCUGAGCGAGGACUCGCUUGUGUAUUUAGGACCCAAGGUGGAAGAAGAUUUGGUGUAUUGGGCUGUUGAUUUGUCUGAAGACGGUGUUGUUUCUGAAUUAGGGGGUAGGAAGCUGUGUUUUGUCGAGCUCCGAACCCUAAUGGUUGCUGCUGAUUGGACUGAUCAACGCGCUAUGGAUGAAUUGGCUAUUGCCGGCCAUGCCAGGGCAUUGCUUGAAUGGCACAACGUAUCAGGAUUUUGUGGAUCUUGUGGAGGUACAACUGUUCCAAGGGAAGCAGGAAGGAGAAAACAAUGCACAAAUGAGACAUGCAAAAAACGGGUUUAUCCCCGUGUUGACCCGGUGGUUAUAAUGUUAGUUAUUGAUCGUGAAAAUGACCGUGCGCUUUUAAGCAGGCAAUCUAGAUAUGUACCGAGAAUGUGGAGUUGUUUAGCUGGAUUUAUUGAGCCAGGGGAAAGCUUAGAAGAGGCUGUGAGGCGAGAAACAUGGGAAGAGACUGGCAUUGAAGUAGGAGAAGUUGUCUAUCACAGCUCUCAGCCUUGGCCUGUGGGACCAAGUAGCAUGCCUUGCCAAUUGAUGCUCGGGUUCUUUGCUUUCGCCAAGACGGUUGACAUAACUGUAGACAAAGAAGAGUUGGAAGAUGCUCAAUGGCACAGUAGAGAAGAUGUGAAGAAAGCACUGGCUGUUGCAGAAUACAGGAAGGCGCAAAGAACAGCUGCUGCAAAGAUAGAGCAGAUGUGUAAAGGUGUGGAGAGAACCCAGAGUCUAUCGACCGAUUUCAAUCUUGAAAGCGGUGAGCUCGCUCCUAUGUUUAUCCCGGGGCCGUUUGCAAUCGCCCACCAUCUGAUCUCAGCAUGGGUAGAUGAGGCUCCUGGCAAUGUUCAUUCUAAACAGCAAGCCGGUGUCUCUCUCUCAAGUUUGUAGCUAGGAAAGAUGACUUUGAUGCUUAGAUACCAAACUUUUGCUAUGGUGAUGCUUCUUUUGAAUUGAUGCGUACUUAUUUGUAUGGACUUGCUCCAAGUUAUUUCUUGCAACAACAAUUAGAUUUUACCUCAAUAAUUUUUAAUAAAAGAAUUUCCAUAUAAA